AUGAGCUCAUCGGACACGCGCCAUUCAUGUGAUCCCAAUCUGGGACUUGUUCAUCCAACUGCUGAGGAGCGCGUCAAGAUCUGGAAAGGGACUUCUUCUGCUUGGGAGGACUCAAUCCCUGUCCAUGCGUUCCUCCAAGAAUCCGAAGACCUCGCCACUCGUGCCAUCGAGAACGACUAUGACGGCAACGUGAAAGAUGCUGUUGUCCAUGGUAUCGCAAGUGUCUCCUGUCCUGAGGAGUACCGCCGACGAGCCUACGACUCUCGUUACUUUCGAGAGAUGCACAAAGUUCUCCGCGAAUGGGAGUCCGAAGAGGGUGUCACUGUCGGCUCCAUCCUAUAUUCCGACAUUGGCAGUAAAUGGAUGUCGGUCCUUAGAUGGCUGCCUGACCCAAAGCAGUCGCAGCUUGUAUUCCCUUCCGUCAACGGUGUGAAGCCAACUUCUGUCUAA